UAUCUGUGGAUUUUGAUGUGUCUAGCCUUGCAUCGACUUGAAUAAACUUUUUUCAAUAAAAUGUACAGAAUCUUAAACAAUAUCAAUUCAAAAGUACAAUUAUUUCCCUGGACACAAGAAAAUCUUAGAAUCACGCAUCAAAAAGCAUUGUGCUCUUCUUUAAUACAAAAUAAUUAUCACCAUCAAAAUAAACUCAAAUCGGAUUCCAUUUCCAAUUGCAAUUCGCAAAUAAAAUUAAAUUUUCCAAAAUCAAAAUCCCUUGCAACACACCGCCGACACCAUUCUUCUCUGCGAAACAUCACAAAACCAAAACCAAUCAGAUUCAAAGUUCGCGAAAAUAUUCCACCAGCAACACUUCCAGUUGCAUUUGUUCCGUUAGAGAGUAGUGGUCGUUCUCGUUGCCUCGCUGUCGCUUUUCUGCUGUCACACACGGGUGUCAAAAAAAUCCUCAAUUCAUUUCAUCAUAUUUUUAGCCAGAAUUUUUCGUCGGCUUCGAGUGUAAAUUCGUCAAAAAAUCAGCUAAAUCCAAUCGCACCGAAUCAAGAACUUGAUUGUCCGGAAAAUAUGUCGUCGAAGAAAGUGUUUGAACGUCUCCCAAAAUCGGUUUUGCCGUCUCAUUAUGACUUGGAAUUGAAACCGAAUCUGGAGGCAUUCACCUUCGAAGGCAAUACAACUGUAAAAGUUAAGAUCAACACUUCCACCAAUACUAUCGUUUUGAAUGCUCUGGAUCUCAUCAUAAGUAAGAUUGUUAUUGAAUCGAAUUCGACAAACGAAAAAUUUGAAACCAAGAACGUCAGUCACUCGCCUGAAAAUGAAACUGUGUCGUUGGUUUUCAAAGAAGACAUUCCCGUUGGUGAUGCGACUUUGUAUAUGGAAUUCAAAGGUGAAUUAAAUGACAAGAUGAAGGGCUUCUAUCGUAGCAAGUAUUUUACACAGUCGGGUGAAGAACGUUAUGCUGGCGUAACUCAGUUUGAAGCUACGGAUGCUCGCCGCUGCUUUCCUUGUUGGGACGAACCAGCAAUCAAAGCUACUUUUGAUAUAACGCUGGUUGUGCCUGAAGAUAGGGUUGCUUUAUCGAAUAUGCCGGUGGUUAAAGAGGAGUCCAUUGGAGAUAACUUGAGACGCAUUCGUUUUGAUCGAACGCCCAUUAUGUCAACGUACCUGGUGGCGGUUGUUGUAGGAGAAUACGAUUACGUGGAAGGUAAGUCGGAGGAUGGAAUUAUCGUGAGAGUUUUCACUCCUGUCGGUAGAAAGGAACAGGGUUUGUUUGCAUUGGAAGUUGCCACUAAAGUGUUGCCAUACUACAAGAGCUAUUUUAAUAUCGCGUAUCCCUUGCCGAAGAUGGAUUUGAUUGCGAUAUCGGACUUCUCGGCUGGUGCCAUGGAAAACUGGGGCUUAGUCACCUAUCGAGAGACUUUUGUUCUAGUCGAUCCCGAAAAUACAUCCCUUAUGCGCAAGCAGUCAAUUGCUCUGACAGUGGGCCACGAAAUCGCUCAUCAGUGGUUUGGAAACCUGGUUACCAUGGAAUGGUGGACCCAUUUGUGGCUUAACGAAGGUUAUGCAUCAUUUGUGGAGUUCUUAUGUGUAAAUCAUCUGUUCCCCGAGUAUGACAUUUGGACUCAAUUUGUAACUGAUAUGUAUACCCGUGCCUUAGAACUUGAUUCUCUAAAGAACUCGCAUCCCAUUGAAGUACCUGUGGGCCAUCCAUCUGAGAUUGAUGAAAUAUUUGAUGAAAUAAGCUACAAUAAAGGUGCUAGUGUCAUUCGAAUGCUCCAUCAUUAUAUUGGUGAUGAAGAUUUUAGAAAGGGCAUGAAUAUCUAUUUGACAAGGCAUCAAUAUAAGAACACCAGCACUGAAGACUUAUGGACAGCCUUGCAGGAGGCUAGUAGUAAGCCGGUCGCUGAUGUGAUGUCUUCAUGGAUAAAACUCAAAGGAUUUCCCGUUGUUAGUGUAGAUUCUGUUCAAAAGGGCACUCAACGUGUGCUCAAGCUUACUCAAAAUAAGUUUACCGCCGAUGGUUCGAAACCUGAUGGCGAUUACACUUGGGUUAUUCCUAUCACAGUGUCUACUUCUAAGGAUCCUUCAAAAAUUGCCAAGACAUUUUUGUUAGACAAGCAAGAAAUGGAAGUUACUCUAGACGAUGUUAAGGAAAGCGAUUGGAUUAAGGUCAAUCCUGGAACAGUUGGUUAUUAUAGAACUAGCUACUCACCAAAAAUGUUAGAGCAGCUUAUGCCAGCUGUUAAGAACAUGGAACUACCACCUUUGGAUCGUUUGGGCCUUAUUGACGAUAUGUUUGCCAUGGUUCAGGCUGGAAAAGCAAGCACAUCUAUUGUUCUUGCCUUAAUUGACUCAUAUAGAAAUGAAACCAAUUAUACUGUCUGGACAGCCAUAUCGAACUCCCUAUGUAAUUUGCAACUUUUGGUAUCCCACACUGAACUAGCUGAUAACUUCAAUCGAUUCGGAGUUCAACUGUAUAAGCCUGUGGCUGAACGAUUGGGUUGGGACGCUAAAGAGGGAGAAAACCAUUUGGACACACUGCUUCGAAGCUUGGUACUUGCUCGCUUGGUCUCAUUCCGUUGUAAAGAAACAAUUGCAGAUGGUAAAAAAAGAUUUAAAAAUCAUGUAGAUGGAGUGGCCGCUCUGCCGGCUGAUCUAAGGUCAACAUGUUAUAAAGCUGUACUCAUGGAUGGUGAUGAAUCCACUUUCCAGGAAAUGCUUAAAAUGUACAGGUCAACGGAGUUACAUGAAGAACAAGAUCGAAUUUCUCGAGCACUUGGUUCUAUUGGAGAUGUAAAAAUUCUUCGUAAAGUUGUCGAUUUUGCUAUGUCGGGUGAGGUUCGUGCUCAGGAUGCAGUAUUCGUUGUUGUUGCAGUUGCAAUGAAUCCUAAAGGACGUGAUAUGACCUGGGAGUAUUUCAAAGAGAAUUACCCCAAACUUUUGGAACAAUAUCAGGGUGGAUUUUUGCUUGUUCGUCUUAUUAAGUACUUAAUUGAAAAUUUCGCGUCUGAAGAGAAAGCACUCGAAGUAGAAGAAUUCUUCAGGACCAGAGAUUUCCCCGGCACUGAGAGAACAGUCUCGCAAUCUGUUGAAACAAUUAGAUUGAAUGCUGCUUGGCUUAAACGUGACUUGCAAUCACUUACAGAAUAUCUAUCUAAACAAUAAAUUUCCCAAAUAACACGCCCAUUCUAACCAAACAUUCAAAAAUAUUUAUAUUAUCAAAUUAAAAUUGUAAUAUUUAUUCACAACACUCACAUAUGAAGCCAAAGUAUUGAUUCAAACAAAAACAAAAAAAAACUAAGCCGAACCAAGGAAAAUCAUUCUUUAAUCGAGAAAAGAAAUAAAGCAAAUUUUUAAACACAAUUAGUUAUUAAUUAAAAGCUUUAAAAUGUAACGUAAAUAGCCAUAUACAAAUUAUUUUGCAUUUGAAAACAAAACGAAAUAAAACGAAGCGAAGCGAAAAUCUAAGGUACAGAUUCUGAAAAAUGAAUAAAUAAAAAUAAAUACAAAAUUGAGUUAGACUCAUAUUUAUAAUUUGUACACCCCUCCCCCACCCCAUAUGAUUAAUAAUUGUUCAAUCACAUUAUUGUGGCAUUUAAUGUUAGUUUUAUAUUAUAUAGAAGAAAUAAAAAAUGAUUUUAGUCAGA